AUAGUGAAAAGAUUUAUUUUCAAGAUUUGGCUUCCUCCUUAGAUUUUUUUUUUGAUAUAUAUCUAUAUGAAGAUUCUAGAAAUUUAAUUUUCGCUCAUCUCGUGCUUGCGAUUUAGCGUUUUUGCAUUAGAUGUCAAUCUCAACACUUAUUUUUAUGAUUUUAUUAAUUAAUAAUAUUAUCAGCAGUAGUGUCGUUUGUGUUAGCACUCACAACUAGAUAUGUGUUAAGUAUUUAUUUUUGCGAAAUUAUUACGAGUUUGAUCUUAAGAUUUAGGGUCUCACGCUACCAUCAAUACUGCAAUAGAAAGAACAACAAAGGAUCUGAUGCCUCAAUUAAAUUCUUCUAGUAAUUUUUACAAAACCCGAUAUAUGUGGUGGAGACCAGAUCCAAAAUCAUCAGAGAUGGAGUUUGAAGGAAACUCUGAUAAUGCUGGUCGCCGCGUCAACUUGUCAAAUCUUGCACCGGUCGCACCCGAUCAAUCCGGCGAUGGUUUACCUUUUGCGCCAGAAAACUUUCCGAAUCCCGGCGACAUUUGGCGGUGGAAAGCUGGCAGGAGAAUUUCAUCUAACGGUAACUUUAGGGACCGGUAUCUGUAUCUUCCUCGUCGUCUUGCUGCCUCUUACCGCGGUGGAUUUAAAAGCAAGCUUGCCGUUGAACGCCACGUCAAAGAGUUCUUCCCUGACGCUAACAUUGUUGAUUUCUUCGCUUCUUUCAGCUGGACUAUUCCUUCUGGUCUUCCUGGCAAUAUGAAUCCUGUAGCUGCUGAUGGACUUCUUCAUCAGUUAGAAUUGAAAGAGCAGCCUGAAUCUGAUUCUGACAUUGGUGGAUGCAAAGCUGGAAAUAAGACCUGCACCAGUUUGAUUUUGGAAGAACAAAUAGAAAAUUCACCUGUUGCACCGUGUGAUAUCUGUUGCGUUGAAUCUAAAUUUUGCCGCGAAUGUUGCUGCAUUCUUUGUUACAAAUCAGUUGAUUCGGCUUAUGGCGGCUAUAGUUAUAUCAUGUGCAAAGUAAAACUAGGCGAUAACAUUUGCGGCCAUGUCUGUCAUCUGGAAUGCGCUCUUCGAUCUUAUUCGGCUGGCACGGUUGGAGGAACCAUUGGAUUGGAUGCUGAGUAUUUUUGCUGGCGCUGUGAUGGGAGGACUGAACUCAUUUCUCAUGUUAAUAAGCUUCUACAGACAUGUGAAGCUAUUGAUACAGAUGAUGACGACGGUGAUAUUAAGGAAAAAAUUCUAAAGCUUGCUAUUUGCCUCUUGCGCGGUUCAGAGAAAACCACUGCAAAGGAGCUUAUGAGCCGUAUUACAUCGGCCAUGUCAAAGCUCAAACAUGGGACUGAUACUGAAGAUAUUUUGAACGUUGGUGCCAAAAUUACAGCUAAUUCUUCAGGUUACGGCAAUACUGCGAUGGAAACUACAGAUGUCGACGAAGGUUCUUUAAAGCAUUUAAAUGUUCAAAAAGGAACAAAAUCUUUUCGUUAUGAAUCAGAGUUAUCAAAACUUGAUGCUGAGUUUGAUAAGGCUAUGGAGGAUCUUGAAAAAUCUCAAAAGUUUGAAUAUAAGCUGGCAGAGGAAAGCCUUCAUACACAUAAGGAAUAUUUACUAAAUAUUUCUCAGCAACUCGACAAUGACAAGUCCGACUUAGCAGGGCAAUCCAGCACGUCUGGCUCAAGUGUCUUGCUUCAGACUAUUGAGAAAAAAAAUGAAGAGCUAAGGCAGGAACUGAAGAAAUUUGAAGAAAUGAAGAAGAUAGCUAAUGGUUUUGGCAGCACAUCCAAAGAAGUUUUAGACAAGCACUUUGGCUUGUAAAUUGCAUUCUUAAAAUGAAAGGCUUAUCGAGAUUACAGACAAGGCUUGAAUAAAUUGCCUAUGGGCCAUAUGGCUAAGGUUUUACUGCCAUAUAAUAAUAAGUAGGAACUAAUUCCUACAAAAACAGCCUCUAUUUAUUUAUUUUAAUUGCAAUAAUAUCUUUUGAGACUCAAGUUCACCAUUUAUACCACCAAGUCUCUAUCUGAAAAAUAGGCUGAAUUAUGUCUGUGGUCUUUUAUGUUAGCCUCUCAAAUUCUAGAUAGAUUUUUUUUUGCCCCCAAAAUCAAAAUGGUCUUUAAGUCUCCAAAUGUGCUUCUUGUGGUCCUUUUUUUGGACUUCUUUUAAACUCUGUUAAAUACUUUGUGUUGUGGAGAUCCUGAGCAAGCAAAAGAAUCCUAAAUAAAAUUAUUACAUUGAGAGUA